AUGUGCCUGCGUGCGAUUGGAGCCCGUAAUCUCUUGACCGGUGCUGUUAUCGCGUGGGGUGCUGUACACGUUGGUAUGAGCUUCGUUCCCUCUUGGGAAUACUUGGCGCUGUGCCGAACUCUUCUAGGCGUUUUCGAGGCGGAGUUUUUCCCGGCAUUGGUGUUCAUCGUGACUAUUUGGUAUAAAUGCCAUGAAGUUCAGAAGAAAUUGGCUGAGUUAUAUAUGACGUCAAUUCUCGCUGGUGGAUUCAGCGCCAUCUUGGCAUACGCUCUGAGCCUUCUUGAGGGCAAAGGGGGUCUCGGCGGGUGGUCCGACUGGAAGAUCUGGGUUUAUGGUGCUUUGAUGUAUAUGUGUGCAGCAGUCCCGGCGUACGUAGCAGGGUUUGUCAUAUGGUUCUUUUCGGCUUCCAUUUAUCAUAUCUUGGCUGAUGAUGUCCGUUCCCAGAUUUUUCGUCACUCUGAUUUUGAGCGGGAUGGGAUGGAAUUUGCAGAUGUCCCUGUUGCUUACACGCCUCCCUGCACGGAACCAAAGAGUGCUUCUCCGUAUAUUUCUGCGGCUGUUAGUAUCUUGAUCUUCGCGUGGUUGUCCGACAGAUAUCACAUGAGGGCUUUGUUCCUCGCGAUACAAACGCUGAUGACUAUAAUCGGCUUGGUCUUGACAGCACAUAUCAAUCUCCCUGGCUGGCGUUACACUGGCGGGUCCGACGAUCUGCAUCCGUUCCUUUUUCAUCUCUUCGAACAGGAAUAUUUUUCGCUUCCGCAGGCUCUGCGGGAUGCUUCAAAUAACAUCGUCUCACACUCUAAGAGGGCUGUUACUACGGCGGUCACAGUCAGCUUCGGCGGAAUACAUUCCGGGGAUUAUUACAACGAUCCCCCUCCAGGUCGUCAACUGAUCCUGCUUGCCGCCAUGACGGUGCACUUCCAGAUAAUUUUGGGGUGGAUUGGGAAGGACGCUUUACCAUCUAUGUUGAACGUAAUCUAUUACUUGUGA